AUGGCCUUACGAGGAGCACUAAUUGUGUACUCGUUCUUCAUGAUCUUCCUCUCCAUUAUUUCAUCCCAUAAUUGUUUGCAAGAGGACCGACUUAAUAAUUAUCUUGAAGAAGAAGCAUCAGGCUAUGAUUCUCGAGCUUACCCUUCGCACUAUAGCACGAUUAGUGAGGAUGGCGAGUUUAAGAACUUAGUCAAGCUGAGAAGUGAUGUUUUAAUUAGUUUGCAAGCGUUUAGCAAAGUGGGUGGCAAAUCAACUUCAGUAAGAACAGUUAAUGUGAAGGAUUUUGGAGCUAAAGCUUUUGGAGGAGAUGACACAGAGGACACUCAUACAAUUGAAAAGGCUUGGAAGGAAGCUUGUUCUUCCUCUGAAGGAGCUAUUGUUUUUGUGCCCCACUAUACAUACCGUCUUAAGCCGAUUACAUUCCAGGGUCCUUGCAAAUCUAAUAUCACAUUACAGGUAAAAGGAGUCAUUGAAGCAUCUGAUGAUCUAUCGGACUACAAAGAAGAUGGCAGACAUUGGCUUGUCUUUGAUAGUGUUCAGAAUCUGCAAGUUGAAGGUGGUGGAACUAUUGAUGGAAAUGGGAAGAUAUGGUGGCAAAACUCAUGCAAAGUCGAUAAAAAUCUUCCUUGCAAAGAUGCGCCUACGGCAAUAACCUUCUAUGAAUGCCAGAAUUUGGUUGUGAAGAACCUCAAAAUCCAAAAUGCACAACAAAUGCAUGUUUCUUUCGAGAAAAGCAAUGGCGUUCAAGUCUCCAACCUCACAGUAACCUCACCGGAGGGAAGCCCUAACACUGAUGGUAUCCAUGUCGCAGGCACCCAAAACAUUCAGAUUACUGAUUCAGUCAUAGGAACAGGUGAUGAUUGUAUCUCCAUUGUAAGUGGAUCCCAAAAUGUUCAAGCCUCGGACAUAACUUGUGGACCAGGUCAUGGAAUCAGUAUUGGAAGCUUGGGAGUUCAUAAUUCAGAAGACUACGUUUCAGGAGUUACUGUCAAUGGUGCCAAGUUUUCUGGUACCACAAAUGGUGUUAGGAUCAAAACAUGGCAGGGAGGGUCUGGAAGUGCACGCAACAUCGAGUUUCUGAAUAUUGAAAUGAACAAUGUCACCAACCCCAUUAUAAUAGAUCAAAACUACUGUGACCAAGAUGAACCAUGCGAAGAACAGAGGUCAGCAGUCCAAGUGAAAAAUGUGUUGUACAAGAACAUAAAGGGGACUAGUGCUUCUGAGGUGGCUAUCAAGUUUGAUUGCAGCAAGACUUAUCCAUGCGAAGGGAUUCUGAUGCACGAUGUUAAUCUUGAAAGGGAAGGAGCGGGAACAGCCAUAGCUUCGUGCAACAAUGUCAAAUUAGCUGAAUUGGGAGUUGUUUCUCCAAAAUGUCCUUGAUGGACCAAA